GUUUACAGAGAAUGGUUCUGGCAGUCAUAAAAAUGGCAGAGGAGCCAGUGGUCAUGUCCAAUCUGAAAAGGAGGAUAGCAAGAAUGUCCCAAUGGGAUUUACAGAAUUUCUGAGUCCUCCAAGCUGCAGACAACCAGUUGAGAGGUCAGAAAUGGAGUGUGCGGAAACUGAUGAAGCACAGGACCAAACGAAUGCCAAGAAACUGUUGUGA